CUCGGUUGAUAAGAACUGGUUCGUUGCCUACGCAGGCUUACGGGCUGGAUACAAAUCCAUAUCAUGUGUUCCUUGGAAAGAACCAUUUCAGCAACUUUGCUCCGCCGGUAGGGUCACCGCUGGCAAAUCCUCCAAAAGAAUACACACCCUAUCCGGACAAUUGUUCGAAUAAUUUCAUGAGCACGCAAGCUACAAGUAAUUCAGCUCCAAUCUUGAUUGCCACACCUCCUAACGAGGCAUCAGCGAGGGAGGCAGAGGUUGGCUUGUUGCCAGCCCUCCCAAAGCGGCGCAAGCUUCCCUUCAAAGACUAUUUGCCGGAUUCGGGUCCUAGGCAAUGGAAUAACGGUGUCAAUAAAGUAGGUGAGAUUCCGCCUGAAUUGGAUAGAAAUCUUCCAGAGGCUCGCUUUGAGUCUCAGCAAAGGUCAUUAAAGCGGACAGCCACCGAGGGACACGAUGCGCAGAGGCAACACAUUGGGGUAUUGGGGUGCCUUUCAAAGCCCAUAUCCCCUGGCGCUCUUGGCUCUGGCGAGGACACGCCUCAAAAAGACGUUGUAACCUUGACUGUUUCUAGUGAAGGAUUUCCAGCAUCCCCGGACACCAAUGUAGCAUCUGGUGUAGGUCCCGCUUCGGCUAUUGAAUCCCAGUCGUCAGUAGGAAGAUCGCCAACGGAAAUCGUCCGAAGUACAGAUGACUCGGGCAAUCAGGUGGAAGAUUAUAGCUACCGCGGUCAGCAGAGGCAAGAUGUACGAGGAUUACUCAAUCUGCUAAAGAAUGAUGAUACUUUGUGGAGAGUUUUGAAGAAGCGGGACUCAUACAUCUUGGAGCAGUACGAGAUCGACCGUGCCAAGGCUGGUGAUUCCCAAAAUCUCGCCAUGUUUUACUUGAAGCGUCUACAAGAUAUGCGAGCCACAGUCUUAUGCGAUUAUAUUGCAACGAAUUCUUCUACGAGUAUUUCUCAUUGAUUGUUUUUCAACGCGAAACAACAUUGACUACACAAGGGCGGGUAUUCAACGAGACGUAACACUGCCUUGUUAGGAAUUAGCUCCUGUCCACAAUUGACUACCGUUAUGCUUAUUUGCCGUGUUUACGAUCGACAUUAAACUGAGUCAUGAUAUUAAAGAGAAUGCUAGAGAGAAACAAAGGUUCCAGCUUCGAUCUGUGCAUGGUAUCCAAAUGGGGCUGUACUUCGCUUACGAUUCAUGUCGUCAACCUGCGCCGCGGAAGUGAUUCUUGGGUGGAUUGAACGCUAAAAGUUGGAAUCUACACGGAACGGAUUCGCGGAAUCCAUUUCCGAGCAAUGUGGCUCCCAAUCACCCCAUCUGCACUUCCAAGCGAAUGCAAUGUAACGUCAUAUAUGCAAUCGCACGUUGUUCAUAGGUCGAAAGAAAGGC